AGCGCGAGCGCGCGCGCGGUUCGCCGCCGGCUGUGGUGGUGGUGGUGGCGGUAGUGUUGUCGGCGGCGAAAAUGCUCGCGAGCUGAGGCGCGAGGCGAUCUUUUCGGCGGCUCGCGCUACAACGGGGAUUUAUUUGUGUUUUUUUUUUUUUUUUGUCUGACGGCGGCGGCGCUGCGCUCGUUCGGGUUCCGGAGAAAGUGUCGUUUUUAAAGGGCUGGGUGCUCAGCGAUGGAACCUCACCUCUGAGGGUCAGCUGUCAUCACCCCCCCGCCCCGUGACAGGUACCCCCUGGGAGCUGGGGCAAGAGGAACGGACGAGACCAUCGAUGGCCAGCGCAGCGGACGAGAUGGGGACUCUGGGACCUGAGCAGACCCACGCGGGCGUCCCUGUGGCUGACCCUACCGCCUGGACCACAGCCAUGAACAAUCUGGGUAUCGUCCCGAUGGGAGUGGCUGGACAGCCCCUGGUGUCAGAUUCCAUCUGUAUCCAGGGCUUUGACCCCAGCCUGGGCAUCAUCGGCCCCAUCAACCCCUUGAUGCCGGGAAUCAGCUUGGUGCCGCGCCCGCCCGUGCCUGCCGAGAUCCCUGUAGUCAAGGAGAUCAUCCACUGCAAGAGCUGCACACUCUUCCCCCAGAACCCUAACCUCCCGCCUCCGUCCACCAGGGAAAGACCCCCGGGCUGCAAGACCGUGUUUGUGGGAGGGCUUCCCGAGAACGCCAGCGAGGACAUCAUCCGCGAGGUGUUCGACCAGUGCGGCGAGAUCGUCGCCGUCCGCAAGAGCAAGAAGAACUUCUGCCAUAUCCGCUUCGCUGAGGAGUACAUGGUGGACAAAGCCCUCUACCUCUCUGGUUACCGCAUGCGCAUCGGUUCCAGCACGGACAAGAAGGACUCCGGUCGCAUCCACGUGGACUUCGCCCAGGCUCGGGACGACCUCUACGAGUGGGAGUGUCGGCAGCGGCUGCUGGCUCGCGAGGAGCGCCACCGGCGAAGGGUCCAGGAGGAUCUACUGCGCCCACCUUCGCCGCCUCCCAUAAUGCACUACUCGGAGCAUGAGGCGGCCCUGCUGGCAGAGAGGCUCAAAGAUGACGGCAAGUUCAGCGAGGCCACGGCCGUGCUAGUAACCUGGAUCGAGCGCGGGGAGGUCAGCCGGCGCUCGGCCAACCACUUCUAUUCCAUGAUCCAGUCGGCCAACGGCCACGUGCGCCGCCUCAUGUCCGAAAAGGCCCAGAGGGAGGAGGAGAUGGAGCAGGCUCGAGAACGCUUCCGGAACGCGUUGUUGGCCAUCCUGGCACAAUUUGAGCAGAUUACGGCCGUUUUCACCGCUGCUACCAGGCAAAGGGCAUGGGACCAUUUCUCAAAAGCACAGCGCAAGAACAUAGACAUGUGGCGCAAGCAGUGUGAGGAGUUGAGGAACGCUCACAGUGAAGAAAUAAUGGGGAUACGCAGGGAGGAGGAGAUGGAGAUGUCCGAGGAUGAUUCGGACGAGAACCCCAGCAAGAAAAUGCGGCCGGAUGACUCAGCACUGGCUGCGCAGGCCUGCGCCCUGCGGGAGGAGAACGACAGCUUGCGCUGGCAGCUGGACGCCUAUCGCAACGAGGUGGAGCUGCUGAAGCAGGAGCAGAGCUUGGCCCCGCGCCCCGGGGACAGCUCCCCUCGGGGGGAGCAGCGGCUGCCCUUCCUGCAGCAGAGCAUCCUGGGCAUGCAGCAGCAGCUGAGGGGCCUCCAGGAGGAGCUCAAGAGCAAGGAGCAGGAGAUGGAGCGGGCCAAGGAGGAGCAGCGCCGGCUGGAGGGCGAGCUACGCGCCCUGAGGGAAAAGCUGCUGAACCAUGCGGACGCUGUCGAGGGGAGCCAUCCGGAUAAGCCUGAGAAGGCUCACGCACCGCGUUCUUUGUGUCCACAGCGCAUGAACGGAUGUACGCUGACCCUUCCCCCCACUGCGGACAGGAGUGUCCAGCUGGCGGUUCGAGGCCCUUCGAUUUCAGAAAGGGAAGCGCUUUUGCUAGGGAUCGUCUCCACCUUCCUUCAUGUCCACCCGUUUGGAGCCAACAUCGAGUACCUGUGGUCAUACAUACAGCGGCUGGACAGUAAGAUCUCGGCGGGGGAGCUGGAAGGGCUCAUGGUUCGACUGCCCCACAUGUUCAAGCAGGAGUUCAGCGGCGUCGGCGCCACGCUGGAGAAACGCUGGAAGUUCUGCGGCUUCGAGGGCAUCCAGUCCAUGUGACGCGAGGCGAGGGGCGGUUUCCACGGAGACGGGCUAAGGGAGCGGGGGAGGGGCAGACGAGGCUCUCGACCGCUGUCCUCCGGCAAAGGAAGCAGCUCGAUCGCAAGAGCAAAGGUUGGCUGGCUGCUCUGAUUUUUUUCUCCGCAGAGCGUGACAGGUGAGGGUGCGAGCGAGCAGGAGCCGCUGGGCGACAUGAUGAGCGCAGGUUUGUGUUUCAUAGAAGCCAGAGGUCAAAGCCAGAACGCCGUCGUCCAGAGAGCGAGCGAAGGCCGCAGUUUGGCCCUGGCGACCCACCGAGGCAGCACCUUUACAGGACAAAGGGCGCUCUCCGAGUAACGCCGUCGUCCAGAGAGCGAGCGAAGGACGCAGUUCGGCCCUGGCGACCCACCGAGGCAGCACCUUUACAGGACAAAGGGCGCUCACCCCCCCAACCCCACGCCACCCCACACCACGACAUAAACGAAGUCCGCGUUUAAGAGACACUUAGCGAACGAGACGUUAUUUUUCCACGAGAUCAGUUUGUCAAAAUAUAAAUAUAUAUUCAGAAUUUAACAGCAGAAAAUACAGGCGUGUCCCAUAAUUAUUGUCAUCGUCUUUGUUCCGUGAUAUCGUGUACAGUCCGAGCUAUGAGCAAACCAUCGUUAAGUGUCAUU